AUGGGGGUGGGCGGGGCGCUCCUCUCCAUCUACGUGGCUUAUCGACAACGGAGAGGGUCAGCACGGCCAAAAAACGAGGAAGCCUGUGGGAGGCCUUCGGAUGAACACGCGACAGCCUCGCGGCGCAGCACUGCACAAACUGUCCCUGUGGAAGUAGUUGCGAAAAAACUCUCAGCUGGAUGGGCUAGUGCGCCGCCUAUCUUUUACCCGCCCAAUUUGGCAGUUAUUCCUAUUUUACGUCCUGAUGCCGUCAAGAACGACCUAGCUGUGGAGCAAAAUGACUUUAUUUUAUGCGAUGGACCUCGUCUGUGUAUGCUUCAAACACCUGCAGGAGACGAAGAAAAUGUGAAAUUUUAUCUGGAGUAUCUUCAAAAUAUGCCCAUUCUUCAAACGUUGGCCACUCAUGGAACAGCGGUAUUGCCUCUAAAAGAAGUGGGCUUCUCAUGUGCGUCGGAAUGCUUUACCCACGCUGUUGUUAUUCCAGAUAAGGAAAUGCUUGUUUUUUUUGGCCGUCACGGGCCAUAUCUACUCUCCUUUGUCAUGACACAAUAUGCGUCAUCCCCACUGAAGUCCGAAAACGGCAAGAAUACGGUAGAAAAAUUGACUCCUGGUAAUAUUCAGAUGUUGCUUGAUGCCUGCCGCGUUGUGCCGUUGGUGGAUGGGCUGCGCCUUGCUGGCACACCAGUGGGCGCUGGAAAGGGUUCUCUGCGGUUAACGUACCGGCAUGGGAAUAACGUGCUUGUGUUUGCCCUCUCUCCCUCGCUGACCGUGCGCCAGAACGUGGAACCGGAGGGAAAGGGAGACAACGACGCUUUGCGUCCCCUUUUUUUUAUCGAGGGGGAAGUUUUACGCGAGAAAAGAAUUGGUGUUGGUAGCGAUGCCCUGGGCGCGCUUGUGAGGGGCACCUCCGUUGAUGCACUAUUUCCGCCGCCGACGCCCGCGCACCCGCCUGUGUCAUCGCUUGUCUCUCUGGUCGCAGUGGAAGAGCUCGCUGCCCCUGUAGCGAACGGAGUGGGUGGGCGUGCGCCGCUCCCACAUGGAGAAGAUGCCAUGAGCAUUGUGUUUUCUCACCCCUACCUCGGUGUCAGCUUCUCCGUUAACCCGAAAACAGGUGUCGUUCAUGAGCCGAUCCUGGCCGAGGAUCUACUUGUGCUGUAUUGGCCUUUGGGUGAUGAAACCCGUCGCUCUCUGCCAUCGGGGCCGGGAGAGGGCGUUGCGCCUCCGCGAGUCUCCAUUCGGCGCCUAACGCAACCUCCCCCGACGUGGGAGAAGUUUCUUUCCACAGAGGAUGAGUUGAGGCAUAAUGUUCUUUUUCACUUCACAGAUUGGACCACGGAAAGGGUUCCGUGUACCAUGUGCGACGUUAACGGCUUGCAGGGGGUCCAACUGUUUGAGUCCAAGGAAGGCCGCAGCUGUCGCACGUACGUGAUUCCACGUGGAGACGUCAUUCUGGUGGUGCGCUGGGAAACGGAAAGCAAAGAUUGGGACGCGCACUUGACGCUUCUUCAGAGGUUUCUCGACACCCUGCUUCUAGCCGAGCCUUUGGCGUGA